CAAAAAGAAGUUGGUAAAGAAGGAGCUGAAGUUGAUAAAGAAAAGCAAAAAGAAGUUGGCAAAGAAGGAGCUGAAGUUGAUAAAAAAAAGCAAAAAGAAGUUGGUGAAGAAGGAGCUGCAAUUGAUAAAGGAAAGCAGAAAGAAAUU